AUGAGUAGUAAAACUUUUAUGAAUAAGGAAAACACAGAAGGAAAGAGCAUUAAUAUAAAGGGGAGUGUUACAUCAUAAGGGUAAAUCCCUUAAUAAUAGCAAGCUUAACAAUAAUAGUAAAAAUAAGGUUUUGUCUAUAAGGAUCCUAAAGCGCUUUAAUCUUGGGAUGUUAUAGAGUAGGCUAUUUAAAUGAUUUAUGAAAAGAAGACUCAUACAUUAUCGUAUUAGGAAUUAUAUCAUCACGCAUAUAUUUUAGCAUUUUAUGGGCAUGGAGAUUAAGCGUAUUCUAGAUUAAAAAGCUUAUUAGAAAAGUAUUCACUUAAAAUGCUGAAUACUUUAGGAUAUUAUGAUAGCGAAGAAUAAAUUUUGGUAAAAAUGGUUGCAGUGUGGUAAGAUUAUAAAUAAAUGAUUAACAUUCUAAAAGGAAUAUUCCUUUAUCUAGAUAAUAAUUAUGUUACUACAAAAAACUUGCAGCCCGUUUUGGUUUUAGGUUAUGAGGUGUUCUAAUAAAUACUCUUCAUUUAAAAAUCAGAAAUAUAUUCUAAAGUUUUAGAAAUAAUAUUGACUAUGAUAGACAAAUAGAGAUUAGGAGAAAAUAUAGAGGGAUAACUAAUCUAAAAAAUUAUAUAAAUGAGUGUUGAUCUUGGCAUGAAAGCAAAUAUUCAAAAAUGCAAUUAAUAUUCUAGAUAAAUAUAAUAUGAAUAUAUCCCUGAACUCACUAUUUAUGAAAAGUAUUUUGAAAAAGGAUAUCUUGAUUGCUCUGAAAAGUAUUUCUCUGAAGAGAGUUAAAGAUUAAUACUUUAGUUAUCUCCUAAAGACUAUAUAAUAGCUGUAGAAAGAAGGUUUUUAGAAGAAAAGAAAAGAGUUCAUAGUUAUUUUUAUCAAACAUCUAAGAAUAAGAUCUAAUCACUAUUCUUUUAGAAAUAUAUAAAUGAUUUUGCAAAAGCAAUUGUAGAUAACUAAGAAAAUGGAUUAUUCAAUUGGUUAGAUAAUGACGAAGUUGUGAUCAUUAAAAAAUCACAUACGCUUUUCUAAAAUACAAAAGAAUCAUACACUAUAUUUCUUAAUAUAUUUUAUAAAUACGUUGCUCAUUAAACUUCGGCAUUAGCAGCAAGAUAAUCAACACCUGUGAAAGAAUAUAUAGAAGAUAUUAUAUUAUUUAGGCUUAAAAUUAUCAAUAUUAUGCAAGAGGCCUUUUUUUCUUUACUAAAAACAGAUGACCAACUUACAAUUUAAAGAUAAACUUAAAAAUCAUUUGAAGAUUCUCUAAAUGACAGUAAUUUUCCUACAGAGCAACUAAAUUGUUAUAUUGAUGAAGCUUUUCAAAAAGAUUUCAAAAAUAAAUCUGAACAAUAAAUUGAAGAAGUGCUGAAUUCCGUCUUUGAAAUAUUUUGCUUGAUAAGAAAUAAAGACUAUUUUGCAAGUAUUUACAUGAAAAGCUUAGCAAAGAGAAUACUUUACAACAAAAGUUUAGAUGAAAACAAUGAAAAGUAAAUAAUUAGUAAAUUCAAACUAGAAUGUGGAACAGUUUAUACUAAAAAAAUGGAGACAAUGUUUUUAGAUAUGCAACAAUCUCUUGAAUACUAUAACGAAUUUAAGUAAUUAUUUAUAAAGAAUCUUAAUACAAAAUCAGCCUAUAAAUCCUUAGAUUUUGAUAUUAAAGUUCUCACUUGUGGUAACUGGCCAUAUAAAUUAAAUUAAUUUUCUUAAGUCAAAAUUCCUAAUCAGCUUGAACCUUAUAUCUCAGAAUUUGAAAAACAUUACAAAUCUAAAUUCAAGGGUAGAAAAUUGAAAUGGAUAUAUUCUGUUGGAAAAUCUAUUGUUAAAGGUUACUACAGCUUCAAUAACUCAAAGAAAGAAUUUUAGGUUUCUAAUGUUUAAAUGGUUAUAUUACUUUUAUUUAACAACAAGAUUAAAUAUACUUAGCAAGAACUCACAGCUUUACUCUAAAUGCCAUAUGAAGAAUACAAACUUCACUUACUGCCACUUGUGUAACUAAAAAUUUUGAAAUCUGAAAACAAUAUAGACUUUGAAUAUAAUGACCAAUUUAGUUAUAAAAAUAUGAGAGUGCAAGUAAAUGUAAUGAAGAAAGAAGCAAGCAAAACUGAAAGUUCGAAAAACCUUGAGUAGAUCUGCCUUGAAAGAAAAUUUGUUGUAGAAAGCCUAAUUGUAAAAAUAAUGAAAUCCAGAAGAAAGAUGGAACACUAAGAAUUAUAUCAAGAGGUAGCAAGAAUAUCUUAGUAGCAUCUUUUUUUGCCAGAUUAAUAAACAGUAAAACAAUGUGUAAACUCACUUAUUAACAGAGAUUAUAUUCGCUUAUCUGAAAAUAAAGAUUAUUUAUAAUACGUUGUUUGA